AUGGGACGCAUCCAUAAAGAAUACUAUAGUGCAAAUGCAAGAUAUCUAUCCGAUGAGGCAAUCCAAGAGAUUAAAGAGUCAAUGGGUAAGGUACCUGAUGCCGUAAAUGUAAUGGCAAGUAAAUAUCAAAUAAAUUACUAUCGUGUCCUAGAUUAUAUGGAAAAUCGUGAACGCAAACAGCAAAUGAUAUACCCCCGAUCAACUCGGACACGAAAUGCCAUUUCUCCUGAAAUAGUAUCUAUGCCUGAAAAUAAAUACUUGUCAAAUACCGCUUUUCAUCUUGAAUCCCAGCAUCAAAAUAAUAUCCCAGACGGGCAGAUAAAAAAAAGGAGAUCCAAAUCCAAAUCCGUUCGCGUAUCUGAUCCGCCUUCUGAUAGUAAAAAUUUGACAGAAAAAAUAGGUGGUAACUCACAAAGUUCGGUCGUUUCUACUACAGAUGUAUUUACUCGCCUUGAACAAGAAUUAAAAAGAAAAGAUAAGAACCUAUCCAUUAGUGCAC